AAUUGUAGUUUAUUCAAACUUAGUAAGUACUUCAUAACCUAACCAUGGUUUAUGUUAUGGCACUCUUAAAAGGUCAGAAACUGGACCCCUCACCUUAAUGAAAAUAUGAUGAUGCGAUCCCAGAAACUCGGUGUCGAGCAUUACUUAAUGAAAAUGAAUAAAUAGUUCUCUCUAAAUAGUCUUUACAUUGUACACAAUAUUUUUUCCAUAACAUAUUAAUUGGAACAAUGUAUUAUGCACUCUACCUGCCUUCUUCACUCCUCUUAAGAUUUUACUUUUGGUUUCUUGCCUGCCCUAUGAGCGCUCUUAAAUGUACUAUACUUUGCUCCACUCUACUCGCAGCUGUUGCUCUCCUCUUUUUUUAUCCGCUCCGUUUUGUAUGCUUAUACGACGUUUCAUUGCCUCUACAUAGCUCCUUAGUCAGUGAGAGCUAGUUGUGUCGAGCGGGUGUUCGUAGGCAUAUUUUUUCGGUAUAAAUUCAUUAUAACUUAAAUUCAUCGAGGCAAAAGCAGUAUUUGACUGUUGACUAUAAAUACCGGAUACACGCGUUGUCAGAGCGUAACGCCGCAUUUUCUCGCAAAAACUUUUAUUUUAUUUCUUUGUGAAUUUCAGUUGUGACAUUUAGGUUCAUUGAACUUAUAAUUUUGAGUUCAAAAAACUUUCACUUGGAUAAUAUAUAAUUUUGUUAUUUAUUUAUUCGUCGUUUCAUCCAUAAUUGGCAAAAUGGUACGAGGUCUUUCACAAUGGACUAAAACUUUGAGCUUUCCAGCUAGGGUAUCACCCCAAAAACCUAGCAAAGAAUCUAAGUUUCACGUAAGCCCUAGUAUAAGUCCCAUUUUACCACCGAGUCCUAUCAACGAUAAUAUGGACAAAACACCAAUCAUCAUUGACGAGACUUUUCAAGACAUGGAAACCGAGAAAACAAUUAUGGAAUCUAUUGUUUACUGUAUUCAUCACAAAGAUGGCUGUAAAUGGUCUGAUGAGCUUAGGAAAUUAAAGGCUCAUCUCAAUACAUGUAAGCACGAUGCAAUACCUUGCAAAAAUCAAUGCGGUGCAAUGAUUCCUCGUGUAUUAAUGGAAGACCAUCUCAAGUAUACGUGUGCACAGCGCCGUGCAAGAUGUGAAUCUUGUGCUACUGAGUUUACUGGGCUUGCUUUAGAAAAGCAUAUCGGCAGUUGUGGUUAUGAACCUCUUUAUUGUGAGAACAAAUGUGGUAUGAAAAUUCAAAGAAGACACCUCAGUCAACAUAAGCUAGGAGAGUGUGCAAAAAGACUUGUAGCUUGUAGGUAUUGCAGCAAAGAAUUUGUCUUUGAUACACUUGGUAGUCAUCAUGCAAAAUGCGGCCGUUUUCCUAUUGCUUGCCCACAUCGUUGUGAGACUGCUGUGUUACCCCGAGAAGAACUGGAAAUUCAUCUCAAAAAUCAUUGCACUACACAUCUUCUUCCGUGUAAUUUCAAAGAUGCUGGAUGUCGUUUUAAGGGAAAUCGCUUAGCGCUUGAGAAACAUUUAGAGGAAUCUACCAAGAUGCAUUUGAGUUUUAUGUGUGGUGUUGUCACAAAACAACAGCAUCAAAUAACAAUUUUAAAAUCUGCUAUGGCUAAGCUUUCUGUUAAUUAUACCGGUACACUUAUUUGGAAAAUAAGUGAUUAUACACUAAAAAUGUCAGAGGCAAAAGCUAAAGAGGGAAUGGAACUCAUUAGUCCUCCUUUUUAUACUAGUCAGUAUGGAUACAAACUUCAGGCAUCGAUUUUCUUGAAUGGAAACGGAACAGGGGACAGAAGUCACAUUUCAAUCUAUAUAAAAAUUUUGCCAGGUGAAUACGAUGCUUUACUUCGCUGGCCGUUCGCUCACAGUGUUUCGUUUACAAUGUUUGAUCAAACUGCUCAAGCAGACAAAGCUUGUAAUAUUGUGGAGAGUUUUAUUCCUGAUCCUACAUGGAAAAACUUUCAAAGACCCAGUCGGGAACCAGAUUCCUUAGGCUUUGGUUUUCCAAGAUUUGUCUCACAAGAAAUGAUAAAGAAGCGUCACUUUAUCAAAGAUGAUACAAUGUUUAUAAGAGUGAAAGUCGAUCCUAGUAAAAUUGUCGCGGUCUAGUAGUUUUAUAUAGGGUAAAAGUACUGUUUUUGGCCAGUUUGGACACUUGAAAAAUUCAAACAGAAUAAUUUGUAAAAUGCACAAUGGCAUGAUUCACAUAUUUACAUGUAUUCAAAGGUACUUUUAUUACACUAUUAAAGAGCAAGUUCUUAUAAUACUUUUUGGUUCAUUAAAAUAAAUAAUUAAAUGUCAAAAAAUUAAGCAGUGGCCACAAUUGAUACUCUUGCCCUAAUCCGAUUUUUUUUUAGUCAAUAUGAAGUUGUACAUUAUUAUAGUAACAAACCGAACAAAAACAAAAAUCGACUGUAAAAUGAAUUUAAAUGUGAUCAGACAACUUAUCUCAGAGAAAUAAUUUAGUAAGAUAAACUUAUACUUUAUACAUUAAGAAUUAAAUUUAAUAUGUAAAUACUUUUUUAAAGUUAAAGUUGAAUUAAAAUACUUGUAAAUAGAGCUACUGUUGUAAAAAUUUCUAAGUAACUUACAUUAAAAU